AUGCCGUACAUUCCAUGGGAAAAUGUCAACAAUGCACCAGGAGCUGGAACAAUCGUCGCCGGAAUCUGCACUUUCGACCUGAAGAAUGUGCUGGUCGGCAUCUUGCAGAUGGUGACCGCCCCGAUAUUGAUCGGAUGGGUGUGGUCGAUCCUGUGGGGCUGGGAGCUCUGGCAAAGGAGGAAGACCAUCGUCUUGGGGGGUGUAGGCGUGUAA